GACUGAACACACCAAUCUCACGGUCCGGGAAUGGGAUCUUUACUGGGUUCAAAGAAAAACUUCCAGUUCUUUCGCGUCUAUGCUCUGCAGAAGUUGCUCUUCAAGCUGCGAGGAUAGUUGCAGCUGCAGGUGCAGGGUGACCGCAACUAGAGCCUUCUGGCCAAACAUCUCCAAGACGCACCAGGAGUUAAGUGUGAUCGUCAGAGUUUCAGACAGUUGGAAUCAGCUCAGCAUCCACAAGUUGGCUCUGAAUGCUUGGAUUUCUUGGACAGAGCUCCAUACCAACGUUAGUCUAACGAGAGGCUAAGUAACAUAAGUGUGCGUAAAGUUGGAGCUGUUUACGCACGGCGCAACUUUAGUUCGAGGGGGGCGCUUAACAGACAAAAUAGUAUAAAUGACCACAGAUCUAUUGUAUCCUCUGUGAAAAGUGUAGAUUUCAUGACAGCCAUGGCAAAGUGGUUCAGGGAUUUCCCCAUUAACCUCAAAAACGGAAAUGAAAGAGUCCGCUCGGCCUCCGAAUCUGGUCCGCAAACUCGACCCAAACCUACGUUUUCACGAGACAGUUUGAAGGGAAACCAGCGUAAAGAUGGAGGAGUAGGGGGUCUGCUGGUCGGGAGAAACAGGAAAAACUCCGCCACAGAACUGGGGCGCACUAAUGCUGGCUAUGGUGGGACGGUGUGGGAUAGUCUCACAACUGGCAAAGGUCGAAAGAACAGCAAAGUGGAGACCGGGGCGUCAGAUGAGAACCGGCAGGUGAAGACGUCUAAUCUAGCGCAGGCGUACAUCAGCAGGAUGAUCAAAGUGGACAAACAAGACAAGACGCCCAAACUCAACGGGAUUAGUGAACAAAAGCUGCCUGAGGACGAGAAGGAAAAGCCAGACGUCAAAACUACGCUGAUCAUCCUGGAAGACUAUGCAGAUCCGUUUGAUGCAGAGAAAACCAAGGAGCAGAGAGAAGCUGAGAGAGCAGGGGUGAAUGAUGGCUACAUGGAGCCAUAUGAUGCCCAGGUUAUCAUCACAGAGGUUCGCAGGCGUGGUUCCAAAGACCUCCUGAAAGUUUGCGUACUGCUGGACCGAGGUCAGAAAGAGGCGAAGGGCGACGAGGGAAGGAACUCACCCCCAAACAUCUAUGACACACCCUACGAAGGGGGACUGGAGGGCGACAGUGAGGGAGUGUGGAUCCCUGUCACACGACCGGAGUCUGACGUCCGUCCCGCUGGGGAGUACGAACUGCCCUGGGAGUGGAGAAAAGAGGAUAUUGUUAGAGCAUUGUCAGCUCAGUUCGAGGCUGUGGAUUGUUCUCCCAGCAAAGACAAUGCUUUAAUCUCCGGUCGCCAGCAGCAGCAGCAGCAACAAACCCUGAGGCAGAGGAACUGGAGCAACAAGACUCUUGUCUCCACUUCUCCAUCAACUUCCUCUUCUGUGUCCUUUCCAUCCUCUCCUAUUCUUAAACUCUCCCCUCUCACAUCUCCAUCUUCUUCUUACCCCACACUCAAGUCCCACUCUCCCUCAUCCAGUCCUACUAAACUUUCCCCUCCUUCCCCAACUUCACCCAACCCCCCACUGGAUGGGGAGACUCCAAAGAUUGAUACCAGUCUGCCCCUGGAGAAGCAGAGCUGGUACCAUGGCAGUGUGAGCCGGCAGCAGGCUGAGGCUCAGCUGCAGCGCUGCAGGGAAGCCAGCUUCUUAGUGAGAGACAGCGAGUCAGGAACCAGCAAAUACUCCAUCGCUCUGAAGACCAGUCAAAGUUGUGUGCACAUCAUCGUGGCCCAGACUAAGAGCAGUAAGGGCCUGGGCUACACGCUGGAUCAGAGCAGCUGCGUUUUCUCUACCAUCCCUGAGCUGGUCUGCCACUACUGUACACACAGACUGCCUUUCACUGGAGCACAGCACAUGACCCUGCAGCACCCAGUGUCUAGGCCACACUGAAUAUGUAUGUAGAACACAUUUGCAGACACGGAGAUACAAAGGCAUACAGGCUCCUGUAUGAACGCACACAUAAAUAAACUGUGAGAGAGACAUGACGCUGACAUAAACCAUAUCUUUUAAUACAUGCGCCUACUCAGAGAUAUGCUGCUUUGUACUAUCUUGUGUACUACCUUAAUGGGUUUAUAUGAUUAUAUCACCUCCAUGUGCCACCCAGUGGUCAAUAGUAGAUACCACAAGAGAUUGAUCACAUCAUGUUGAUUUAUCUCCCAAUAAAUCAACCUGCCCAAGCCCCGACUGAAUGUGUGUGCAGUUGGAGGAAAGCCAUCUCUUUCUCCACAGUGAGGUACAUUCUUGAAAUUAUUUUGUCUGCAGGUUCUACGGACAAUAUUUAUCACAAUGCACAACACCAUUUACUAUCACAGGUUUCAUAUUUAAACUAGGGCUUGUAUAAUAACAUUUUAUCAUGAGAUGCAUUUACAUAAAAAGGUGAUAUCAUCAUUGAGUAGAUUGCCAUCCAGUAAAUAUCCACAGAUCGCUCCUAAAAAUCAGGCUAAUUUUUUAACCACUGUACAGUAUAUUUUGAGAGAAAGACCUUCAUUGAUUGGGUGCUUAGAGUAACUGUAAUGGGAAGGGUCUCAGAACUUUGUAACAAUGUAAAUACACAUGUGAAUCACGCUGUUUUCGUUUCACUGUGGUUUAAAAAUGAAUUCUUUAUUAGAGUAGCUCUGAAUUAUAAAACCCAACAAAACAGAAAGCAAAAUUACAUUUCACAAAACCUGCUAAAAAGAACCCUACAGCACGCUUUGUUUUGCAUGGUUCUUCUGUGCCCAUACUCUCAAUCUCCACUGACUUACUCAAAAUUUGGCUUGGUUGUUCAAAAAAAACAAAAACAAAGCAUGUUUGAAAAGACGAACAGCCAACAAAAGUCCCAACCUUGGCUGUGGUGGAACAUGUUGUGAAAUGUUUUCUGUCGUUCUGUUUUUGGAAAGGAUCUAUUUUUGUAUGUAAUGCUUCUAAAAUGUAGGGUUUUUUUUUCUUAUAUAUUUUUUUCUACAUUUUAUAAAUUCUGUUUUAUGAAGUUUUUUGUGGUGUUUUUUUUUUUUUUUUUUUUGCUAAAAUGUUACUCUGCUUGCCCUGGGAUGGAUGUGUUGUACCCGCCUUUCUCCUGAAGAUAGUUGGGAUUGACUGAGAUCCCUCAGACCCUGGUAAAGAUAAAGAAUGUGUGGCUGUAAUGAUGUUUUCUGUUGUAUUUUGCACUUCAGAGCCACCACAUAUGACAGUAAAGCUAUCUUAUUUUGUUAGGUGUAAACUGACACGCUGUACACCCCCAAAAAUGUACCUAUGCAUAAAAGCCAAAUGUAUGAAAUGAUGGUUGGAUAUUCUUUAGAUCAUUCUCACAAUGACGUGGGCUAUAUAUUAUUGUUGUAAAACAUUUAUUCAGUAAAUAAAGUACAGUUCAUUUUAA